AUGUCUAAUUGUUUCCUAGUCCACGUUGGUGAAAUAUCAUCGUUGUCAUUUCUCCACUUCUUGAGGAAAACUGUCAAGGCAUAUGUGGGAUCAGUCUCCUUCACCGACUAUGAGCUAUAUCACAUCAUGCUCGAAACGGAAAUCCGACAACCAGCGGGCUCGGCGCUGGAUUUACCAACAGAGAAAAUAUAUUGUCUUCUAGAAUCAUAUUUUGAAGCCACUAGCGGAAUUCUGGACCUUUUUACACCACAUGAGAUAGAGUCCUUCGUCUCUGAAAGAUCUCUAUUUUCGAUGUUCACCAUACAUCCAAACUCCAGACGCGAAGACUCAGCCGCGCUAGAUCUUGCGCUGGCUAUUGGCGCUCAGGUUAGGGGGGGACCAGAGGAAGUCGAAAUCGCAAUGGGCUACUUCUGCCGUGCGCGUCAAGUAGCCUUUGAGGAUAUGUUGAUGGGACAAACCAUCAGCACCGUAAGGCUCUUUCUUCUUAUGUCUUUCUAUAUGCUCGGGGCAUGUCAUCGAAACACAGCGUCCAUGUUUUUGGGCGUGGCUGCGAAGGCUGCAAUUAUCCUGGAUCUCCACAUCUCAGGAAGUUACAAUGGUCUCCAGGAAGAUGAGUGCUGGUCUAGACGGCGGAUAUGGGAUAGCAUUCGAAACUUUGACAUGCUUAGUAGUUUCGUUCUCGGAAGACCUAGAAGUCUCCCCACAGCCUGGCAAGAUCUUGUUCAACCUGAGGGGUGUGCUGAGAAUGAGCCCGAACAAUUCCGCACACAAUCGACACCAUUUUGCGCAACUGUUAAACUGUGCAACCUACUCGAAGAUGUUACGAACACCCUCAGCAAAGAAAACAUCCUCCAUGUCCCCACUGCCGAGGAUCUCCUCGUUCGGCUCCGCCAGUGGAGUCACACAUUACCUCCAAACAUACGUCGAUUUAAACCGGUUACCGUCUCUUCUUCCCCUCAUCCAUCAAUUCCAUCAAUUUUAAGUGAAACCUCUUUCUUGACUCCUGCAGAUCGGCAACUACUGGCGGGGAACAUGCAUGUUUCUUGCAUUUACUAUUUUGCCGUGAUCCUAAUUACCAGACCAUAUCUAAUUGCAUACCUGAUGUCGCGGCUUCGCGGUAGAGCGCCUGAUGACCUCAUCAGAGAUCCCGAGGAGGCUUCUGAUGUGACUAUUAAAAAUAAUAAGGUUUCAAAGCUAGCCCAAGUCUGCGUGAGUGCGGCGGUGUAUAUGGUUGACAUGUGUCAAAAAGCGAAAGAGUCGAGUUUCACUUUUGGGAAUUUGUGUUUACUCAAAGCCUGGAUCUUCGGCGCCGGUCUCGUCCUCGGAUUUUCCAUGUUCGCCGGCGAGCCACGAAAGGACAUUGAAACAUGCUUCGAAAAUGCUAGAAAUAUCCUCGCCAGUAUAGCAACCACUAGUCCCCAGGCACGUCUUUAUCAUGAUAUUUUAACCAGUUUUGCCGAGGCUGUUACCAGACAUCGUCGUCGAGUGGCGGGCGAGGUGCGGCGAACAGUCCAGCACUACAUGGAUCAGAUCCUUGUUGUGGAACAAAAUCCUUUGGAUUCCUACCAUGAGACUCAACUAAAUAACAACUGGGAUUCUAAUGGGCAACCGCCGCAGUUCCCUGCUGCCAACUUGAUUGAAAACGCCGAUUCAAAUACGAGUGGCGUGCCCGACCCUAUCUCUGAUAGCACCAAAGGGGCGCAUACACUACUCCAACUAGCUGGUUCAUUUGAGAAUGAUGAGUAUGGUGACUGGAAUGACGUUGACAUGCAGUUUGCCGACGGAUUUAUUCCAGAUACCGAGCCGUUCGAUCAGUUGUUUUAUACGGUCGAAUAG